AUGUCCACGAAUUUAUAUUCUGGUCCCUAUACCGCAGUGCAACAUCAAGAGCAGGAGGCUCUUAGCCAUGAACAAACUAGACAUUCGUGGAUGACGCCUCCUCGGUACUCUCCAAUAACUCAACCUCUCCCAAGAAAGCCAGUACCGGUUGAGACGGUAGUUCCUACGGGCGAACCGUUAACUUCGUCCUGGGGGGUAGGAUGGAAAACGCCGGCAGAGAUCAUAACUUGCUAUUGUCUUGCUCUGGUAAUCGCAGCCGCCCACCUUGGAUUCUUCCUCUAUCUAGACCACAAACCAGCAAACGGUCAUGGAGCGUUCCCCCAAACUUAUGUCGCUGCAAUCUCUCAUCUAUCCGCCAGUGCCGUCGGAGCCUCUGCUACCGCAUUAAUCUCAAUUGCAUUUACUCAGUACAUGUGGACGGUAUUCCGAAGAAGGCAUAUAUCGGUUUCUAUCAUUGAGUGUUUUUAUACCCUGCGCUACAGGCCUUUGUCUUUCUUUUCUAGCAGUGCGUUUAAAACGUCACCUAUCCUGUUUCUUUUGGCUAUUAUCGCAUGGACAAUACCGGUUGCUCUCAUCUACCCACCUGGCGCACUGAUCGUUGUUCCUUUCCCAUUCACCACAGAUUACCCUGGCAUUGUGCCCACAUACGAUGCGUACUAUACGGGAAAUGAUUCCGCUCUAGGCUGGUUUGGCAACCCCACUGUCGGCAAAAUAUCCUUGGCCGAGUAUACAAUUGGGUGGUCCAGGUUGGAGGAUAAUCUUACUAGAGGAUAUGACUGGACUUACGAGACUCCGUAUGAACGUACCCAGCGGCUUGCAACAUCCACACUUCUAUCUGGUGCCAUUCCAGCGACUGCAUCGCCGUGUGGUACGGACUGUGCAUUUUCGCAGAACAUUGUUGUCCCGCACUUCGACUGCACCGUAUCCGUUUUCAAUGAAACUCUGGAAUGGACUGGCCGAGCAGAUGCUUUUUCUGCUAAAUGGAAUGAUAGCACUGCCUACUCCGAGCUAUUCUUGCUAAAUUUCACUCGGCCCAUCGGCAUGUUAGACAAUUACGUUGCUAUUGAAUUUCAUCAAUUCGAGUGUACCACUAGGCGCGCAACUUACAAACUCGACACAAAAUAUGUCAAUGGCGAACGUAGCCUGAAUUACCAAGUUUUGAAUAUUUCUGAUAUUUUCACUACCUGGCGGAAUUCAGAAACUGGCGGUGAGGUUUAUGGUGAUGAUAAUUGGACCAUGUAUGGUUCAGUAAAUCUAUUCGCCAUAUUCGACAGCAUAGUGACUGUACUCAGUGGCAGUCAGCAAGCUGUCAUGUAUGAGAUGUCUGAUUCCUACCCAUUUUAUGGUGGUGUUCCAGGAAACGUAUUACUGCCACUGCCAAAUGGAACUAUGGCCGAAUUUGCAUUGACAUACUAUGUUUUUUCGUACGCCCAAGACAUACUGUACCCAAAUCAGACCAUGAUUGACAUGACCGAAUUCAAUACGAACCCAAACUAUAACUUUGAUAAUGUGGAUUUCGGCUCUGGCCCAAGCUACAACAUUACCCCGGAUCACCUAAAUCAAGCCCUGUUCAACUUGACACUUGCCAUUGGAUACCAAAUCGGUUACUGGAAUAUCAGCACCAUAAUCAGUACAACUCAAAUGGUAAACAAAUACACCUUCGCCACUCCACGCAACUUCUACAUCCCCUACGGCUUGCUACUGAUCCUUUCAAUACCAAUCCUCGUGCUUGCCAUGAUUUCACUUUACCAGAAUGGCGUACCUGCGGAAGAUGGCGGUUUCGUCCAAGUGCUUAUGACAACAAGAGGCAACAAGGAUCUGGACAGGCUAGCUGCUGCUGGAUGUCUUGGUGGCUCGAAUAAUGUCCCCAAAGCCCUUAAGGAUAUGGAGCUUCGCUUUGGUGCGCUGGUUAGUGUCGAGUCGGAAAGCACUGGGGAGGUUGAUGGCAUUGUCCGGGCUGGAUUUGGUGGUCGUGGGGAGGUUCAACCGUUGCGAAAGAAUGUUAAGUACGGCAUUGCGAGCAUCUAA